AUGUCAACAGACUCAACACUAACCACCUUUCACCUCUUCCCCACCCUCCCUAUUGAGAUUCGCCUCAAAAUCUGGUCUUUAAACCUCUCAGUUCCUCGAGCUAUUACCAUAUUAUGCAACAAAGAUUUCAUUAAAGGUAGCGCGCCCGGUACGGUCCGUACCGCCAAAUCUUGGACCACCGACACCCCAUCCCCGCCUCUACUUGUGGUAAACCGCGAAUCCCGCUAUGAAGCCCUCACCGUCUACGCACCCUAUUUCACAACCCUCUCCUGCCCACGCCCUAUCUACCUCUCCUUCUCUCAAGAUACCUUGAAAUUCGCGGACGGCGUCCUCCCCUACAUCCCCCGCACCUAUCUUCUCGAGAUCCAGAAAAUAGUCCUCGACACAAAAGAUUGUGCUUAUUUCGGGUUCUAUCAUAUGGAGACUCUUAAGAAUAUGAAGAGGUUAAGGGAGUUCGCGAUAUAUGGGGAGAGGGGCGCGGUCGUUAGGGGGAAUGAUGGGAAUCGGUAUCUUCAUUUUUUAAUAACGGACUUUGAGGAGGCUAUAGAUGCCGAUCCGGACUGGGAAUAUCCGACGGUUAGGAUUUUUAAUGGCCAGACGGGAAAAGAGGAGAGGGUUAUUGAGGGUAGGGCAAAAUUUCCGGAAGAGGAACCACCUGAGGAGUGA